GCCAAAGACAUUACAUAUCCAACGGCUCAUAUAUCAUUCUCUUCUUCUUAUAACCUUCUUCACUUUCACCUACAUAAACCCCAUUUCGAAAAAUAGGGUUUUAGUUACUGUAUACAGAGCUUGAAAGACAGAGAGAGAAGAGGAUCAAUUUUAAAGGUUGUUGCAAUGGCUUUCCUAAGUAAAGUUGGGAAUUUAUUAAGGCAGACAGCUACCAAGCAGAUCAGUAAUGAACUUUCUGCAUCCAGGCCUUCCAUGUUUCAAGCAAUACGCUUCAUGUCCUCUUCUAAAGUUUUUGUUGGAGGUAUUUCUUAUCAGACAGAUGACACGAGUCUGAGAGAAGCUUUCGGUAAAUAUGGUGAAGUCAUUGAAGCAAGAGUUAUCAUCGAUCGUGAAACUGGUAGAUCUAGAGGGUUUGCUUUUGUUACUUACACCUCCAGUGAGGAGGCCUCUAGUGCCAUCCAGGCCUUGGAUGGACAGGAUCUUCAUGGUCGUCGUGUAAGGGUGAAUUAUGCAAAUGAUAGACCCCGUACUAGCUUUGGCGGUGGUGGUUACGGUGGCGGAGGCUAUGGCGCAGGUGGAGGAGGCUAUGGCGCAGGUGGAGGAGGCUAUGGCGCAGGCGGAGGAGGCUACAGCUCUGGUGGAGGCUAUGGCGCUGGUGGUGGAGCCUAUGGAGGUAACUAUGGUGGUACUGGUGGGAAUUACGGAGACAGUAACACUAGUGGUGGUGGUGAUGAUGUUGGCUAUGCCAGCGGAAACAGUUUUGGCAGUGCUAGUACUGGAACUUAUGGCAGUGAUACAUGGAACGAUGCUAGUGGUGGUGUUAACCCUGCUAGUGGAAACACAAAUGAAUUUGGUGGUGGGAGUUAUGGUGCUGCUGGUGGUGCUGAUGGUAACUUUGGUGCCAAUGAUGGAUUUGGUGACCGUGAAGGCAACAGCUUGGAUGCCUCUCCUGAAGGUUUUGAUCACGAUAGGGAUGACGAUUCUACUGGUGACUUUGCCAAAAGGGCGUGAUACUAUGUGCUUCGGUUCUAUGUUUUCAGUAAACUGCGUUUUUAUUAUCCCAUCUUUUCUGCUUCUGAACGGUUUGCAUCAUUUAUCGUAUUAGUGGUAUGAGAUAAACUUUCAGUCUGUUAUUUUAUGAGAAACAAAGGGUACCGUUGGAAAUAAUUUCUUAGUUGUA